AUGUGAUUUCGGGCGGGCCGCGGUUAUUUGUCCCCCCUCAUUUUUGUUCAGUUAGGUCCAUCCCUCUCGUCCCUUCCACGCCCGAACGACGGAAAGCGUCGUCCACCGAUCACCGCCGCAGCUCCGCCACUGUCCUCCGCCUGCUGCCUGCCUUCAUUCUUCAACCAAUCACCGUCCAUCCAAGUCUACUCUUCGUCCUCUCUCUUCCAUUGACCAUUGCUUAGUUGUGUUUCUCUGUCCAAUUUUUCUCUCAAAACAAUCUUCAAUAUAGCGGGCACGAAACUCCGCGACGGCAGCUAUUUGCAUCAGUGCUGUUCUCGUGAAAUGCAUCUGAGGCAGCCACGGCACUGGAGUGCUCCGCACCUUGCAUCGCUGUAGCAGUCAGCAGUCAGCAGUCACGAUUAACCACCUAGAUUAAGUGCUUAUAGUAAACGCACUUAUCAAUUAAGUGUUUAAGAAAUGGAAAUCAAUUUGGGGAAACUUGCAUUUGACAUUGAUUUUCACCCGUCCGAUAAUCUCGUUGCAACAGGACUCAUAGAUGGUGACCUUCACUUAUACCGUUAUAGCGCUGAUAACACUAAUAGUGAUCCUGUGAGGGUGUUAGAAGUUCAUGCCCAUACUGAGUCUUGUAGAGCUGCUCGAUUCAUCAAUGGUGGACGUGCUCUGUUGACGGGUUCUCCCGAUUUCUCAAUACUGGCUACAGAUGUGGAAACCGGAUCUACCAUUGCCCGACUUGAUAAUGCCCAUGAGGCUGCGAUCAAUAGAUUGAUAAACUUGACGGAGUCAACUGUUGCUUCUGGAGAUGAUGAUGGUUGUAUUAAGGUUUGGGAUACCAGAGAACGUUCUUGUUGCAAUUCAUUUGAAGCACAUGAGGAUUACAUUUCAGACAUAACAUUUGCAUCUGAUGCAAUGAAACUAUUGGCCACAAGUGGAGACGGGACUCUUUCAGUUUGUAAUCUUCGACGAAAUAAAGUCCAAGCCCAAUCUGAAUUUUCUGAAGACGAGCUAUUGUCUGUUGUUUUAAUGAAGAAUGGUAGGAAAGUUGUUUGCGGAUCACAAACUGGAAUCCUGUUAUUAUAUUCAUGGGGUUGCUUCAAGGAUUGCAGUGAUCGAUUUGUUGAUCUCUCUUCAAACUCUAUUGAUACCAUGUUAAAGCUUGAUGAAGAUAGGAUUAUUACUGGAUCGGAGAAUGGGAUGAUCAACUUGGUUGGAAUAUUGCCGAACAGAAUCAUUCAGCCAAUUGCCGAGCAUUCUGAAUACCCUGUUGAGCGACUUGCAUUCUCUCAUGAUAGAAAGUUUCUUGGAAGUAUUGGACAUGAUCAAAUGUUAAAGCUAUGGGACUUGGAUAAUAUACUGCAAGGUUCAAGAAGCACAGAGAGAAAUGAAAAUGGGGUGGGUGACAAUGAUGUGGAUAGUGACGACGAAGAUGAGAUGGAUGUAGAUGACAAUCCUUCUAAAUCUACUAAAGGGAAUAAGACAAAGAAUGCAAGUAAUAGGCAUACUGUAGGUGAUUCAAACAACUUCUUUGCAGAUUUAUAAGACAUUAUAUGUUUUUUGAUUUCUAGAUUUCUAGUAAUUUUGUAUUUUGAUAUGAUAAUUUUUUUAUUUUCAACUCAUGUUUGAGCGUGAUGAAAUGUUGUAAUUGUAUAAAAAAUACUUCCAAACAGCAUAGUUAUCUUCUAAGCAUACUUGUUUCUUUUUGGACUGUCCGAUCUUUGAUCUCGAUCGGACUAUCACAAAUUUUUGAACUUGUUUGUGACCGCAUGAAAUCUACUAUGGAUUCCAAUUUUA